AUUGGCCGCCCGUCCACGGCUUGCGCAGCCCACCAAUGGCAGCGGCGCUGGGUUGGAGGGUGCCCACAUCCAAGAUGGCGCCCCCAGGAGCUGGGAGCGGGUGACCGGCGGCGGGGAAGCGGCCUGGGUUGGCCCUCAGAUUGAGAGGUCCUGGGGGCAUCUCGCCGGGCACCCCCCCUGGCCCGCCUACAAGGCCUUCCCCGGGCCAAAGCAAUGGCCGCCGAGAACAGCAAGCAGUUUUGGAAGAGGAGCGCUAAGCUGCCGGGGAGCAUCCAGCCUGUGUACGGAGCACAGCACCCUCCUCUGGACCCUCGGCUCACCAAAAACUUCAUUAAAGAACGGUCAAAAGUCAACACAAUUCCUCUGAAGAAUAAGAAGGCCUCCAGCUUUCAUGAGUUUGCCCGGAAUACCAGUGAUGCUUGGGACAUUGGCGAUGAUGAGGAAGAGGACUUUUCCUCACCUUCUUUCCAAACUCUGAACUCAAAAGUUGCUUUGGCAACUGCAGCCCAAGUUCUAGAAAACCACAGCAAGCUGAGGGUAAAACCAGAACGGUCCCAGUCAACGACAUCCGACGUUCCUGCCAACUACAAGGUCAUAAAGUCCAGCAGUGAUGCCCAGCUGUCCAGAAACUCCAGUGACACGUGCCUGAGGAACCCGCUCCACAAACAGCAGUCGCUCCCUCUCCGGCCCAUCAUCCCCCUCGUUGCCCGGAUAUCAGACCAGAAUGCUUCUGGGGCUCCCCCGAUGACCGUCCGGGAGAAAACCCGCCUAGAGAAAUUCCGUCAGCUUCUCUCCAGCCACAGCACUGACUUAGAUGAACUGAGGAAGUGUAGCUGGCCAGGGGUUCCCAGGGAGGUUCGACCUGUAACCUGGAGACUCCUGUCGGGCUAUCUCCCAGCAAACACUGAGAGGAGGAAGUUGACCCUGCAGCGGAAGAGGGAGGAAUAUUUUGGCUUCAUUGAACAGUAUUAUGACUCUCGAAAUGAGGAACAUCACCAGGAUACCUACAGACAGAUUCACAUUGACAUUCCAAGGACGAAUCCUCUCAUUCCGUUGUUCCAGCAGCCGCUCGUACAGGAGAUCUUUGAAAGAAUUCUAUUUAUUUGGGCCAUCCGACACCCUGCCAGUGGGUAUGUCCAGGGAAUUAAUGACCUGGUCACUCCAUUCUUUGUCGUCUUCCUCUCAGAAUAUGUGGAAGAGGAUGUGGAGAACUUCGACGUGACCAACUUGUCUCAGGACAUGCUGCGAAGCAUCGAGGCCGACAGCUUUUGGUGCAUGAGUAAGCUGCUGGACGGGAUCCAGGAUAACUACACCUUUGCACAACCAGGGAUCCAGAAGAAGGUCAAGGCGCUGGAAGAGCUUGUGAGCCGGAUCGAUGAGCAGGUGCAUAAUCACUUCAGGAGGUACGAGGUCGAGUACCUGCAGUUUGCCUUUCGUUGGAUGAACAACCUGCUUAUGCGGGAGCUUCCUCUUCGCUGCACCAUCCGCCUGUGGGACACGUACCAGUCUGAACCAGAAGGGUUCUCCCACUUUCAUCUGUAUGUGUGUGCAGCCUUCUUGAUCAAGUGGAGGAAAGAGAUCUUGGAUGAGGAAGAUUUCCAGGGUCUUCUCAUGCUGCUACAGAACCUGCCUACAAUACACUGGGGCAACGAAGAGAUCGGGCUGCUUCUCGCCGAGGCGUACAGACUCAAGUACAUGUUUGCCGACGCCCCGAAUCACUACCGCCGAUAGGUGCUGUCUCCCCCGGGGACCCAGACUGCCCCGUCUCUGAUGGCAAUCUGAUCACUGUGGCCACCGUGCGAGCCGUGGACCCCGGCCAGGGACCACUCCUGUUGUACAAAGCUCACGCCCGCUGCCCAGGUCUUAACUCUUCGGUGUCCACCACUCCGUGUCUCCGGAUGUGUCACCUGGACCACUGUCAGUGUUCCAUGCCAUGCGGAUGGGCCCAGGUCUGGGAGAGGACAGAAAGGGUGGUACAGGGUUGUCUGCCCCUUUAAAAGAAACUGAAAAAAAGAAGGGGAAGGCUCAGGGUCUCACUCCCAUCGUCCCUACAUGGACUGGCUGUUUCUCACCUCCAGGCCCCAGCUGAUACAGUCGAUUGUUGUGACACAACUUGAUUUGAUCACAGGUCAAAAAUGCCUUAUGUUUUCAAAAGACUCCUGGCCCCUCUUCCCUCUCCCUGGUUUCCUAGUCCUUCCCCUUCUGCCCUAGUCUGAGCCAGCGAGGGACAGCUUUUCAGUAAGACCGUUGCUCUAGAUGGAAGAGGCACUGAUGCUCAUGCCCUGGGAAGAGGCCGACACCCAAGGGCUAAGGGCUUUGUUUUUCUUUUUCUCACCAGGUGUCUGUGUGUGUGGGUGUGAGUGUGUGUAAACACCCAGCAGCAUUUAGUCACGUCUGGAUUUCUGUGUCCAAACUAGCCCCAUCAGACCCGUUGGGAAGGGCCCCAGUGACCAAGGUACAAGCGUCCCUUGAGAAGGAUCAGGUCAGGGGAGGGAGAAGGGGCUGCUUACCUCUCCAAACCCUUUUUCCGUGAUGACCCACUCCAAGAUAUUAUGUGUAAAUUGUGUUAUUAUGUAUAUGGGUAAAGAUGUACAAAUACGUCCUCUUCGUAGCAGAUACGAUUUUAUAUUUAUAACGCGCAUCAGCAUGUGAAAGCAGCCUGGGUCACUUGCGCAGAUGACGUUGCCAGGCAGGCGGCUGCCGCAUCUCCAGGUUGGUUUCUGUGCCCCGCCGUGGGGAGCGAGCAGGAGGCUGCUGGAGUAAGUCUGGCCGAGCAGGUGGAGCCGCUGUGACAACCAGGGGCAGCCACCUCAGGCGUCAGUGUCUCAGAGCCCCCUUCUUCGCACCCCUCCCGGGCCUUUCUGGAACAUCUGCCCUGACCCCCCACCCCCGGCAGCCAGCGCAGGAAGGGACUGCAGAGGCAGACACGUCCAUUCCGCGUGUGUUCAGUUCCUGCCUUUCCCUGAACCUGGGGAGAGCUUUUGUUUUUACAUUUUUAAGUCAGCAUCGUGUUCAGGACAGAAGCUGUGACUGACUACUCAGUGCCAAGGAGGGAUGUCCUGUGUGUCCCUGGGUUUGGGGCCCUUCUCAGAGAGCGGCAUUCGCUGUCCCCCACGACCACCUUUGCACCCACGCAGCCCAGUGUUCCAUUUUCGGUAUUUGGUAGUGGAGGGCUGUUGGGGGCAAGUAGCUGUCAUCCUCUUGAGCCAAGCAGUGUCCCCAGGGGGGUGACACCCGUGAGUCUCUUUGCCAGUGAAGCCCACACAGCACAGCAGUACGAGGUCGGUUCUCAUCCGGAGCUGUUUCUCGGGCAUUCUCCCCGCCUUCGGUGUGCCUCAGCAGUCUCCUUCGCAGAGCGCGAGGGCUCGGACCCCCUCGACUGGACUAAUUAAAGAAAGACACUUGUGUUCCCCAAGUGGUGGUUUUAUUUUUUUAGUUUUUAUGUUUGUAUGGGAAAUUGUGGAUAAAGUGAAAGAAUUGUAAAUAAAUGGUGUAUUUCCUCCU